CAAAUUUACAAUGCAUUGCCCAAUUUUGGCGGCAGUCUAUUAAUAAGGUGGAGCGGUUCAAAUUGAAUUCUGUAAGAAUUUAAAUGCCAUGGCUGCUUCUAUUUCUGAAAUUGGUUUAGCGAUAUUCGAAGCUGUUGCUGAUGGAGACCUUAAACAACUUAGAGGUGAAGUCUUUUUUGAAAUGUCUGAUUCUAAUAGUACAUUUAAUUUGGCAGCAAUUAGAAAAAAGGUUUAUGAUGGGUGGGAGUUCCGGAAAAUUUGCGAUGAAUACUGCGAUUUCUCGACUGGCCAGACUGUGUUGCAUCACGCGGCUGGAAACGGACAUUUUAAGAUUUGCAAAUUCUUGAUAGAGGACGUCAAAGUUCAUAUAGAUGCCUCGACUUACAAGAGUUCUUUUUCUUCCCAUAUUUUGAUUAAUUCGAUAUGAUUCUAGAAUUGUUUGAUCUGAGGAUUGUAUGCUUCAGGGGAUACUCCUCUAGUAGAAGCUGUCAAAGGAGGGCAUGCAUAUAUGGUUGCAGAGUUAGUUUGUUUGAUUACUUUGUUUGGUUGAGUCAGAUGAGCAGCCUGGACGACAUUCUUAAUUGUAUUCUAUUGUAGAUAACAUUUUAG